UAGAAAGAGAAAUAAUCUGGAAUGUUUUAUCGCAGUAUGAAAAGUAUAAUAAACGAUUUAUAUGUUUGUUAUUUUAAUGGCAACCAAUAAAACAAAGUGGCCAAGUUUUUGCGGGGACACAAAAUCCUAUUAUUUGUAAUUUUUCCUGGGAAUAACGCGUAGGAUUAGCUGCUCUAUAGACGAGCAAUAUCAGUUUUCACAUUGAAAGUGAAUGAUAGACUUUUCAUAUGACCGGUGGAAAUCACAUUUAAUACCGUAGAUAAUUAAAACGUUGUAUAGAAUCCGAACGACAAAAGUCGGAUGUAUUGUGGAAGUGAUCAAUAACAUUUUCCCUCAAUAAAACAUUUUCAUUUAGGAAUAAAUGACUUAAGAUUUUUUGUAGGUGGCUUUUUGGACUUGAUUUGUGAAUUACUGAAUUUGAUCUUGUAAUACUGCUCAUAUAUUAAACAGUGACUGAACUAUUUCACUGUUGGAAAGACUAACGGGAUACUUGUUUCUUGUUGAGGAGCAGGAGAUGUCACGUCCGGGUCAGGGGCGGGGAAACAGCCUCAAACAGCCCAAGGAGGAAGUUAACGUCAAGUACAUGCACCGGCCGCCGCGCAUCCCCCCGAACUACGGUUCCCAGCGCCGCUCAUUGUUGCCCAAAUCCAAAGUCUCCCGCGUACUUCUCUACGAUAACGCCACACAGGAACACAUGCUGGAUAUCAAACUGGCGAACAUUAAGAUUGAGAAGGAGCGCAUAUCUCGGAUCAUCAAUUUGCAUAAAAAGUCAUUUUCAUCGAGAAUGAUGAAGAAACAGCUUCACAUGCAAUCUUUGUUAAACUCUAGUACAGGAAACAAACACAAUUCGGACCCGUGCCAUCCGGCAUCCACAAAUGAUAGGCAGGAUGAGCCAUCACACCGUGUAAUAGUGAAACUUACUGAUAGGCCAUUAUCCUUUCAAGCCAGUUCAAAUGUGAAUAUCGUUGACGCCGAAACGAGAGACGCUCUUAAAGAACGCUCAUUGACAGUGAGUGACAUAAAAUUCCCGGCGGUUGAUGACGACAAGCGUCACGUGAUCUUCAAGGUCAAGGACCGGCACGGGAAAACGGAAGUUUACCACACAGUCGAUGAGCGAGGUGUGCUGUCGGAUAUAAUCCCCAACUCGUACCGGAAGCUCACGGACGACCCACGGUUCAAAAGUCUGCAAAAUGCGCUCGUGCCGCCCGAAGAAACCGUGUGAAAUCUGUGUUAGAACAUCGUAUUUUAUACUUGUUACGGUAAACGUUAACUUAUAAGGGUCCCCGUUGUCAAAUAAUUAUUUUUAACCGGAAUCGCCUUUGCAAAUAUUUAAGAAAAUUGAUUUAAAUGACCAAUGCAAUAAACAAAUGAUAUGCCCAAGUAAUAUUGCCCAAUACAUGUACGUCUCUAUUUGUAUUUAUUAAUUUAAUAUUCGAGUCAUUCCGAACUGUAAUUUCUCCGGUGUUUAUUGUUCAUGCGCAGAAAAUGUGCAUCUUUAAAGUGAUAAUUAUCACAAAUCAAGUUUACUUAAAUUGAUUAAUUUUUAAUGAUUUCAUGAAUACUAUUCAUAGCCAAUUUGGUGCUCUAUUCACGUUUGUAUUUGUUAUAUAUUGCAAAUGAAACAUGUUCUGAAUAAAUCAAUUAAAAUGUU